AUGCACAAUUCUAGCCAACUCAAGAAAGAAUUUAUCAAGAAAUGGGUUCAGGGACUUCAAAUAUGUUGUUCUUCAAAGAAGCAAAUGAAUCUCUUGGAAAGAAAGAAGAAAAUAAAGCUUUCAGCAGACAUUGCCUUAGCUACUGCAAAAAAUGCUACAACUUCUUGGAGUAAAGCUCUCAUUUCAAACGCCAAAAAAGACAAAGAAAACGAGAUUCUUGUGCAAAACUUAGCACGCCAUGAAUUAAAGCUCAUGGUUGCACACCAAAAAGUCACUUGCAACAAGAGAAUAAGAAGCAAGAAAAUCUUGAAAACGAGUUUUCGUUUCGGGAAACGAAUUAAGAAGAUGGGAAAUCGUCGAUCAGAUUUAGCAACUUGUAUUGCUACAAGAUUGGUGAAGAAGAAAACCCAGGUGCUUAAAAAACUUGUACCAGGUGGAGAAGCCAUGGAUGAUUUCACCAUCUUUAAAGAAGCAUUAGACUAUAUACUUUCUCUUAGGGUACAAGUUGAUGUCAUGAUGAAUCUUGUGAAUUCUACCAAGAUUUUAAGUUAA